CUCCGUUCAUCUCGUCUCGUGAUCACCAUCAAAUCUCCGGCGCCAUGCAUUGUCUCGCCCGGCGUCUCUUCAGCAACGUCCCCGAGAGCACCGUCUAUGGCGGCCCCAAGCCUCAAAACCCUAACCAACGCGUCACCCUCAACUCCCUCCGCCAGAAGCACCUCGCCGGUGAGCCCAUCACCAUGGUCACCGCCUACGAUUACCCUUCCGCCGUCCAGGUCGACACUGCCGGCAUCGACAUCUGCCUCGUUGGUGACUCGGCCGCGAUGGUCGUCCAUGGCUAUGAUACCACUCUCCCGAUCACCCUUGAUGAGAUGCUAAGCCAUUGCCGCGCCGUCGCGCGCGGUGCCACCCGGUCGCUCCUCGUCGGCGACCUCCCUUUCGGUUCCUAUGAGUCGUCUUCCGCGCAGGCGGUGGACACGGCGGUGAGGGUUUUGAAAGAGGGGAACAUGGAUGCGAUCAAGCUGGAAGGAGCUGCGCCUUCGAGGAUCGGUGCUGCGAGGGCGAUUGUGGAGGCCGGGAUCGCUGUGAUCGGGCAUGUUGGGCUUACGCCUCAGGCGAUUAGCGUUCUCGGAGGUUUUCGGCCGCAAGGGAAGACCAUCAACAGUGCAGUAAAGGUGGUGGAGACGGCGCUGGCGUUGCAGGAGGUGGGAUGCUUCUCGGUGGUUUUGGAGUGUGUACCUGCGCCCGUUGCUGCUGCUGCGACUGCUGCAUUGCAGAUUCCCACUAUUGGUAUUGGAGCUGGGCCAUACUGCAGUGGACAGGUGUUGGUUUAUCAUGAUUUGUUGGGCAUGUUGCAACAUCCCCAUCAUGCAAAGGUAACCCCAAAAUUUUGCAAGCAAUAUGGGCAUGUGGGUGAGGCCAUUAAUAAAGCUUUGUCCGAGUACAAACAAGAAGUCCAGGACAAAGUUUUUCCUGGUGUAUCACACACGCCAUAUAAAAUCAGUGAAGGUGAUGUAGAUGGUUUUAUGAAUGAGCUGCAGAAGAUGGGCUUGAGUGAAGCUGCUUCUGCAGCAGCAACUGCCUCCAAGGGCAUGGGAGGACGUGAAUAGGAACUCAUACUGAUAGAUGCACAUCUUUCAAUAAGCAGGUUAACCGAAUGGGUGAACAUGGGAAAGUUUGGAGAAUAAUGCAAAGGCAUUUGAGCAUUGCUUGCUGUAAACUUUAUCAGGGACAAUAAAAGGGUUUUCAGGUUGCAGCUUAGUGGAAUAUCUUUGCUGCCACCACUGGAGAUGCACAUAAGAUAUUGCCAUUAUGAUGGAAGCAUUGUGGCAUUAUAAGCUUCCUUUUUUUAUGUGGUUGAGUGCUAAAGUCAAUGGAUAUUUU